UGACUUUAAAUUAAAUGCGACAGGUCACCCUGGUUCUCUUCCACCCUUGAAUGAAGAUGUGAACAUUUCCUUUUGACUACAAAAACAUUUUCAAUGAUCCAGCAAAUCGAUCAAGGAGCUAUUUCAACUUUUUAAAAACCUAUUUUCUUAGGCAAGCUUUUGACCAGCCUAUUGAUGCUACAGUGGGAGAUCAUGAAGUUUCUUUAGCUAAGUUUUGGAAGAAAUAUGACCUAAAACAUGCAGCUGAAAGCAUCCAAGCACGAUGGAAGCAAGUAACGUGAGUGCAACGUGGCAGGAAUGUCCUGAAUUGUGCAAAUGACUCUGCAGGAUCUGAAUCAAAAGUCGUUGGAGUCCUAGAGGAAAUAGUUGAUCGCGGGGAUAUUGACACCAGCAUCACUGGGACCUGUUGCUGUGCAGCCAGAGGAACUUACUGAAGGCCGCCAUUGUGAGGUCCAUCAGAUGAUUGGAAACUACAUGUGGGACCCCAACACCAACAAGUCAUUUGACAUUGGUGUCAACAGAGACAGCCUGAUGCCUCUCUGGUGGAAUGGAUCAGAACCUCUGUGGGUCACUCUGACCAAGGCCAAAAGGAAGGUCUACAUGUACUACUGGCCAGGCUGUGAGGUUGAGAUUCUUGGUGUCAGACCUACUUACUGCCUAGAAUAUAAAAAUGUCCCAACGGAUAUCAAUUUUGCCAAUGCAGUGAGCGAUGCUCUUGACUCCUUCAAGAGUGGCCGGGCCGACCUGGCAGCCAUCUAUUAUGAGCGCAUCGAUGUGGAAGGCCACCACUACGGCCCCUCCUCACCGCAGAGGAAAGACGCCCUGAAGGCCGUAGACAGCAUCCUGAGGCACAUGACCAAGUGGAUCCAGGAGCUGGAGCUGCAGGACAACCUGGACGUUAUCAUCUUCUCGGACCAUGGGAUGACUGACAUUUUCUGGAUGGACAGAGUGAUCGAGCUGGACAAGUACGUGAGCCUGAGUGACCUGCAGCGAGUGAAGGACCGAGGGCCCGUCGUGAGCCUCUGGCCAGCCCCCGGGAAGCACUCCGAGGUAUAUAACAAGCUGAGAGCGGUGGAACACAUGACCGUCUACGAGAAAGAAGCCAUACCCAGCAGGUUCUAUUACAAGAAAGGGAAAUUCGUCUCUCCUUUGACCUUAGUGGCUGAUGAAGGGUGGUUCAUAACUGAGAAUCGAGAGUCACUUCCAUUUUGGAUGAACAGCACUGGCAGGAGAGAAGGCUGGCAGCGUGGGUGGCAUGGCUAUGACAAUGAACUCAUGGACAUGAGGGGCAUCUUCCUGGCCUUUGGACCCGAUUUCAAAUCCAACUUCAGAGCCGCUCCAAUCAGGUCCGUGGAUGUCUACAACAUCAUGUGCAAUGUGGCAGGCAUUGCUCCCCUGCCCAACAAUGGGUCCUGGUCCAGGGUGAUGUGCAUGCUGAAGGGAGAGGUUGACUCAGCUCCGUCUGUCCGGCCGAGCAGCUGUGUUCUGGUCUUGAUUCUACUCCCACUGUUUGCAUAGACGCUGCUAUCGUUGUCCCCACUCAGCCAAGUAUGCUCCACGGUGCAAUGGUUUUCAUUUUCUAUUUGAAUAACAGCUUCAUUAACACAAUCGAGGCCACAAAAAUUGUAAAUAUACUGCUCUUGGAUGAUUCCAUACAUAAAAGUCCCUACUUCUUUAAAAAAAUUUUUUUUUCUUUAAUGUUAAUUUUUGAGAGAG